AUGAGCCCAGUUGCUGCUCCUGCUGCCCCUGCUGCUGCCCCUGCUGCUGCCCCUGCUGCUGCCCCUGCUGCUGCCCCUGCUGUUGCUCCUGCGGCUGCUGCUCCUGUCAAUACUGGUUCUAAAACUGCUCUUCCUGCAGCUCCUGCUGGUUUUGCUGCUGCUCUUCCUGCUGCUGUUGUUGCUGCUCUUCCUGCUGCUACUGAUUUUCCUGCUGCUGCUGCUGCGUGUAGGGCUGAUCUUGUUGGAGCUAUUUUUGACCGAGGUUUUGCUGCUGCUGCUGCUGCUGCUGCUGCUGCUGCUGCUGCUGCUGCUGCUGCUGCUGCUGCUGCUGCUGCUGCUGCUGCUGGUAGUGGUGAUGGCUGUGCUGCUACUGCUGAUGAUGGUCCUGCUGCUGUUGGUGGUUGCGGUGGUGAUGAUGGUGCUGUUGCUGCUGCUGCUGCUGCUGCUGCUGCUGCUGCUGCUGCUGCUGCUGCUGCUGCUGCUGCUGCUGCUGCUGCUGCUGCUGCUGCUGCUGCUGCUGCUGCUGCUGCUGCUGCUGCUGCUAGUGCUUCCACGGAUGCUGGUUGUGGUGCAGGAGCUGUUGAUGUCACGAGUUCUACUUUCCACCUCCCAUCCCUUCACUCCAUCAUCCCGUUCCCUUUUCCUCUUCAGAUUUCUUUUGCCUUGCACCGCCGGUUCCCCGCCCACUGUGGGCUCUGA